AUGGCUAUCACGGUCCCCUUUCAGAGCUUGCAUAGGCGGCGCACAACUAAGAGUUCGGCCGGGUCAUUCGAUGCAAACUCUACCAUCUGGGAAGAUGACGGCUACUGGUACAAAUUAGACCUUCGCAGGAAUACCAGAGCUCGCAGCAUAUUCGCGGGGCUUGCUUCCUUCCUCUACCUCCUCUCCUGGAUAUUCCUCAUGCUGAUCGAGCUCGGCCAAACUCGAAAGAACAGUAUACUCGGCGAGAUCUACUUCUUCAGGCUGUCUCUGGCCGACAUCAUCCCUACCUCUAUCCAGAACGCUCAGCUCAUCAACUCCAUCGCCCGCGGCAUUGGCCUCCAUGACUUUUAUCAGCCCGGUCUGUGGAACUUCUGCGAGGGUUAUAACGAUGAAGGCAUUACGAGCUGCUCUACUCCCAAGAGUUACUACUGGUUUAACCCAGUUGAGAUUAUCUUGAACGAACUUCUCUCCGGGGCCACCAUAGCAUUGCCGGCCGAAAUCACUCAGAUCCUUGGUAUUCUCAAGCUUUGCUCCAACAUUAUGUUCGCCUUCUUUCUCGCAGGCACUGUCAUCUCCUUCGUGAUGGUCUUCCUAUCCCCCAUCGCCAUUUUCUCGAGGUGGUGGGCCUUGCCCAUGUCGCUGAUUUCUUUCCUGACCUUCCUGGUCAUUCUGGUCGGCAGUGUGAUUGCGUCGGUCAUCAGCUUCGUCUUCAAGUACGCCGCCACCGCGCAGACAUCCCUGAACAUUAAUGCGUAUGUGGGAACCCGCAUGUUCGUCUUCAUGUGGAUAUCGACCGGGUGUGCAUUGAUAGCGUUUAUCCUCCACGCCGGCAUGGGAUGUUGCUGUACCAGCCGACGGGACCUGAAGAGUGGCAAGAAGCCGAUGCGGCACUCGAGCAUGAAGAGGGCGCAGUCACAACGUUCUCAGCGCUCUCAGAUGUCCCAGGUGAACCACUCCAGAGACACUUCGGCGGCUAGUCAGCAACCACAAGGGAGGAGUCGGAGCAACACCGCUUUCUCAUUCGACCAACAGCCGGCGGGGCAGAACAGGAGCGGCACGGCGCUCUCAACGCAUGACGAGAACGGAGUCAGCCGGUCGAACUCUUUGAACACGAGCAACGUGAGCCGGUCCAACACCCUGCGCGGUAAUAACGGGCAGGUCAGCCGGUCCAACAGCUCCGUUACCAAGCCACAACAGGCUGGCAGGAGCAGGACCAAUACACUACGGUCCAUUCGGUUCCAAGACGAACGGCCGCCCUCGUACGAAUCCGAUAUGACGGCCGUCAAUGAGAGGCAAAAAGCACCGAGCCCGCAACACCAACGAGGCACAAGUUCCUAG